CCAUUUCUCAUUACAGCUCUACCCGCGACAGAAACGACGAGGUAUACCAUACUUUCAAUAUUAUGAGCCCCUUGCUUUCGCUAUUAUUGUCUACGGCGACUAUGAUUCAUUUAAUAGCUCUGCGGCAGUUUUAUAAUAAAAACCAUUCAAAAAGCUGUGGAUUGGCCAAAAAUUCCACCCCUAUUCCCAUUCUCGCCACUCUUUACCCCCGUCACACACAAAGUCUGAUAUCACACAUCGUCAAAGACAUCUCAUUCGCUCCCAGCAAGAUCGCACUGUCCGCAGAUCAUCACCCACUUCGGCUACAGCCCGGCGUUCUAGAUCUUUUCAAGGGCCUGCCGAAAAAACGCCACAUGCAUGCAUUAAAGCGCUGUCUGUCACUGGGAGUCUGUUUCUCCGGGAAAGUUAUGGGGAUUUGAGGAAUUCCCAUCUUCUCGCCACAUUUGCCGUUAAAUGGGGUCCCAUACGGAGUAGAUGGGGUGAAGGGGGGCAAAAUCUU